GUGCACUGAAUGACUGGUGCGUUCAGUCGUGCGUCAGACACAGAGGUCCUCCCCUUGUGUUUCCAUGUUACUGCCCCCCUCUCUCGCUCUCUGUCCCCCCUCCCUUCCUCUCUUCUCUUCUGGCAUCCCCCAUCCCCCAUCGCUUUAUGUGCUUCCAUACAGGCUGAAAAAUCAACCGGAGGAGGAAACCUUCACACUCACGGAGAAUAGACUGACCCUCAGCAACCCAGAAGAUCGCUUUAAACCGGGAUCACAGACUGGAUCAGAGUGACCUAUCUAAACCAUCUCACACUGAUUUGCAUAUCCAUUCUUCCUACCUCCUUCAUUUGCCUUUCCUUCACUGAGAAUGGCAAGCGGGCAUUCCACUGACAAAUUCAGUUUUCUGUACCCAACAGACACCAGUCAGAACGUUAAGAGUAAGAACAGGCUGUCUUCCACCAUGAACCCGGUGUACAGUCCAGUGCAGCCGGGAACCCCGUACGGAAACCCUAAGAAUAUGGCAUACACAGGUUAUCCCGGAGGUUACCCUACGACUGCCCCGACCUACACAGCCAACCUUUAUCAGACAGGUAGCCCAGGAUACCCACCAGUGCUGCUGGUGAAGCAGGCCUGGCCCCAGACGGCAUCUGCUCCGGGGCCCGCAGAAGGCUCCUAUGACCUGGCCAUGGACGCUGGCUCAGAGAGCAGGCAGUACCAGGCCUCAUCUACAGCAUUCAGAUAUACUGCAGGAACGCCUUAUAAAGUGCCCCCUACUCAGACCAAUGGAGCCCCUCCGCCCUAUUCCCCAUCUCCUAACCCCUACCCGACGGCCAUGUAUCCCAUUAGAAGUGCCUAUCCCCAGCAGAACCUCUAUGCUCAGGGUGCUUAUUACACGCAGCCAGUGUACGCCGCCCAGCCUCAUGUAAUCCACCACACCACCGUGGUUCAGCCCAACAGCAUCCCCUCCGCCAUCUACCCCGCUCCUGUACCCGCGCCCCGCUCCAACGGCGUGGCCAUGGGCAUGGUGGCCGGAACAACGAUGGCCAUGUCUGCCGGAACCUUGCUGACCACCCCUCAGCACACUCCGAUCGGAGCACACCCCGUCACCGUGCCAACGUACCGACCCCAAGGAACACCUGGGUACAGCUACGUGCCACCUCACUGGUAGAGCCCACCUGCCAAUCAUAUCUGGAGUCAAACAUUGUAUGCAACUACUCAAGUCUUACAUCGGCGCUCUGUGCUCAACAGUGAGGCGCCACGUCUGUUUGCAAGAACAAAAAGAGAAAAAAGUGCAAGGGUCACUUUAUGCAUUCUUACGUGUUUUUGUAAAAGCUGCUUUUUUAUCUUUUUAUUUAAUUUUGAUUUUUUUUCUUCUCAUUUUUUUGGGAUGAUGUUCUUGCAUUAGGUUAUUUUAAUUCUUCAUUGUUCCAUAGUUAUUCUUCAAGAACUCCAGAAUGAUUUCGACCAAUCACGACCUGUCUUUGUGUUCAGUAUAAACGCUGGUGUGUAGGAAUGUACCGACGCAAUAUCAGCACCACUCGGAUCAUAAUCAUCCACUUAUGCUGCCAAAUUUUAUAACCUUUAGAUAUUAGCACAGGGUUCGUUCGUUCCUUUUGUUUUAUUUUAUUUAUUUACAGCAGACUUUCAUUUCAGCCUUCCCGAAACGCUUGGGAAUCGUUCUAGGAAAUUUCAUUUCAUCCAACUCGAUUCUCCCUCAUUUCGUUCUGUCAUCGAUAACAAGGGUGUCUUCCAGCUUGUAGCUGUUCAUGUAGAUUUGUAAGGAAUAUAUCAUUAGUAGGGCAGUGCAAACGUGGUUUAACCUUCAUUAGGAUAUACAGUAAUCUUAGUUAUUCACUAAAUAGAGAACGUUUGAGUGAGCUGGUUACUUUAUUAGCUUAUGUGUCAGGAUAGCGUAAGCUUCGAAACUAUAACGUGUAUAUUCGAUUUAUAUAAAUGUGCGCGCAUGGGUGCUCUCGCAGGGAACGCGGCGGCAUGCGCUCACGGCGAAUAUCGAGGAGAAAAUCUAGCGGCGGCACUUAGCUGGAGCCUCCGGGUGCGAUGUCAUCCCGCCGGCGUCGAAACACGUGCCAACUUUGAGGCCAGACGGGACGGACGCUACUCUGACGGAACGAUUAGGACCGCAUCCGACUCAAAGGGAAUUCACCGCAUCGUAGAUAGCACUAAAAGCAAAAAAAAUUAAACAAGUCAAAUAACAAAAAAAAUGGGACCGCGUUCCGGCAUUCAUUUCCGGUCAGCUCCGGGUCUAGAGUGGCUCUGACCCCUGGUCCUCUGUGAAUCCUUGGGCCUUUAGGCCCGUAGUUGCACAGAAUUUUAGGCGUAGAAACGGAGUUGUUCAAUGCAAUAAUACGAACGGCCUGCUCGAAUGGCUUUUAAUUGUAAUUUACAGCAUUUUUAGAGAGAGAUAAAGAGAGAAUUUUGAUUUCCUAUCCCGAGGCCUCGCCUGUAUCCAUGAAUAGUGUACUCAGAAGUGACAUAUCAAGUAUUCUAUAAAAUGUUAUCAUACCGAAGCAUUGCACAUUGACAAAUAGACGUAACUUAAUAACCAAUUAUACGGUACACUCUCAUAUUUAAUGAUGUAAUUAAGAAACUCAAGCAUUUACUCUGCAAACCAUUAGUCUUGGUAAUGUCUCUGGAAGUAAUAUUAUUGUCAGUACAGAACAGUAUCACUCUUUUUGUUGUUUCGUUGGCUAAGCGACCACUAUUUCGAUAUAUAGGACACUCAAAGUGGGAAGAAGCGAUUCUCUGAUCUUAUGUGGAAGUCAUAACGUCUAGUAAUGCAUGUGUCAUGCGGGUGAAUGCAGUAUAGUGUAAUCGGAUGGAAACUAUGCCCUUGCAAAGCAUGGUUGCAUCAUGUUGAAUUGCAGCUUAUGGAUUGCUUUUAAUAAUACAUUUACAUUACAACACAUUCCCUUUGGUAUUUUUCGUUAAAGUAAAGGGAGAGAGUGAGGGCGUAGGGUGGCUAUAUAUAUAUAUAUUUUUUUUUUUUUCGUUGCAUAAAUGAAGUGAAGCCUAUUUUGCUGAUGAUUUAUCAAAAUUUCAAAGGAAAAGGAAAACAAGAAUUAAAAUACCUAAAGUAGGCUUCAUUUUUUCUUUAUGCAAAAUAUUUAUUAAAUAUCUACUCUUUAUUUUCAGGUGAAACACCUAUGUUUUAGACAGGUUUUGUGAGAUUCAUCUGAAAAUUAAAUGUUAUUUCAUUGCAGUUUAAUCAUUUUCCUUUUGUAAGAGCAAACCUGUUCGGCAAAAGCAAGUAAUAGACCUUUAGUAUGUGUAAUAUGUGACCCUGGACCACAAAACCAGUCAUAGGUAGCACAGGUAUGUUUGUACAAAUAGCCAACAUCUUUUUCUAUGUCAUAUAUCAUUAGGAUAUUAAGUAAAGAUUUUGUGUAAAUUUCCUACCAUUAAUGUAUCAAAACUUAAAUUUUGAUUAGUAAUAUGCGUUCCUAAGUACUUCAUUUGGACAACUUUAAAAGCGACUUUCCUCAAUAUUUAAAUUUUUUUGCACCUUUAAAUUUCAGAUUUUCAAAUAAUGCCCUGUCCUAACAAACCAUGCAUCAAUGGAAAGCUUAUUUAUUCGGCUUUGAUCUCAAUUUAUAAAAAUGUACCCUUAUGACUGGUUUUGUGGUCCCAGGUUACUUAUGUAACGAUGGAAUUUUAUUCAGAUGAUGUCAUCAAUAAGUAAUGCGAAUUAGUCGAACCAGCUCACUGGCUGAUUAUUGGAUGAAAUCGCACAAUUGCACGUUCACAUAUUCUGUCUUGCGCUCUCUGCCCUACUCUUUCCUUUUCUGCUCGUAUACAGUAUUAUAUCAAGCAGUGAACUAUAUUUUCUGUGUCUUUGCAUAAGUUUGCAUCACGAGACUUGAUGGAUGCAAUUGAUCACUGUAGUCGACAUAUAAGCAGACCGUCGUCAGACCUCUGAACUCUAGGACUAGAGUGACCUUUAACACUGCGAAACGAAUAAAGGGUUUCGAUUCCGAAUGAGAGGACGUUACCAUCCACUCUGACAUGUAAUUUAGGCGCUUUUUACGUAAGUGUUAUUUAAAGUUUUAAUUAAUGAUUGAUGUUCAUUUUUCUUAAAUAGGAGAUCUUUAUAGUUGAUCUGGAGUGGAGUGAUACAGUCCAUGUGGUUUGAGAGGCAUUUCAGAGCACAAGUCUUCAAAGGGUUUCCUCUACAUGCAUUUCCCCAAGUCUUUCUCUUCUUCUUUUCGUCGACUAGACAAGGAGGACAGAGUUCAGUGAUUCUGCAGCUGCCGUUAAAAUAGUGGCUGAGCCUGUUGUGAAAACUAGAUAAGAGCGAAUGUGUUGAAGUUACGUGAAUUUAAAGGGACAGAUCAUCCGAAAAUGAAACGUCGUGCGAAGAAACAUCUCGUUUUUUGUUCCGGAUGAUAACAGAAGUUUAGUUUUUGGAUGAGUCGGUCCUUUAAUCCUGAACAGACGUAUCAGAAAGGCCAAUAUCAAUAUUUUUGGUGUAUUUCUCCCAUUUGAAAAUAAACUGAUCAGUUUUCCGUGUGAAAUCAGGUGGUCUUUUCCGGGCGGUUUUUCCGCUCGGUCGUGGUGUGGCUUCGGAAGAGGCUUCGGUUUCCUGUUUUUUCUGUUUGGAUCGUUUCGAUGUUGAUAUUGCAAACCCAUGCACUGUUCUGUUCUUUGGUUUCAGGGCAUCGAUCAAAGGAUUGUUUACUAGUGCCCGUGAUGCAUGCAACGGGUUAUUAGCUCUAGUGAAGUCAGUGUCACGUCACCAGUAUGUAAAGGUAUUUCUAACGUAAUUGUGGCACUGGUUUCACGCUCUUGCUGAAAACCUGUGAUAUGUACCAUAGGCUUUGACGCAAACAAACGAGGGGUUGCUAUUUCGCGCUACUGUUUAGGAAAACGGCUAUUUAUGUUUGACCCGUAUGGAGAAUAAGACUUUGUUGUUUGCAUUCUAAAUGUAAAGCAAAAAGGGGAAAGUCUUCCAGAAUUUAUCUCCCUUCAGUGAGUGUUAAAGAGCCCUUGCCCCAUAGGAUGUAUGACGCACUACUGCGCGGUUCUGGCAUCGUCGAGAUCUCAUUCCUGCAGGGUUCUGGCAGGUCUGAGCGCGUUUUCGCCA